CAUCACUAGUUACGUCAAACUUCGCGAAAAAAAUAUUAGCUGUUCGGCAAAGUUAAAGAGUGCAAAAUUCUUUUAGGUUAGCGACUAAGUAAAAUACCUUUUAAACAUUUUGACAUAUUCAUAGCCGGGCGGCUGAGACGAUCAUGAGCGCAGUGCGUGUUUAACAAAAAUAGAUUUUGUAACAUUUUUAUGUAUCGUGACGUGUUAUCAGGGCAAACGUACUUUAUACAAUUGUUGCCGAGUUAAACAUUACAGUCUUCUUUCAAAAAAAUUGUGUUGUGACCAAAAAACACUGUAAUGUUUAAAUCUUUGUUGAGCUCUGCUAUAACUCAGGCCAGCUGUCAAGAGGGGGCUGGUUACCUAAAACGGGCAGAUACAGACCGUCUUCAUGAGAUUUUCUUAAAAUACGCCACCGUCGAAAAAAACGGUGAAAAACACAUCACAAGUGAAGAUUUUGUACGAAAAUUUCUAGGACUAUUCGAAGAAGAUGACUACAAUAAGGAAUCGGUCAAGCUCAUCGCGGGGAUCGUGGACAUGGACAAGGAUGGGUUCAUCUCAUUCUCCGAGUUCCAGGCAUUCGAGGGCUUGUUGUGUGUCCCCGACGCGCUGUACAAGACUGCCUUCCAGUUGUUCGAUACUAACGGCAAUGGACUCGUCGCUUUCGACGAAUUCGCCGAGGUCAUGCGAAAGACGGCUCUUCAUCAGAAACUGCCUUUCAACAUGGAAAGUACCUUCGUUCGCCUAUACUUCGGCAAGGACAAGAAGCGACUGGUAACAUACCCUGAGUUCAGCCAGUUCCUUCAUGAUUUCCAUGAGGAGUAUGGUGUAGAGGCCUUCAAGAAGUGCGACAAAGAUGGAUCAGGGUUCAUCAGCGCUGGAGAUUUCAGGGACAUUAUGUUGUCCGUGAAGAAGCAUCUGUUAACAAAGGAUUUGAUGACUAAAGUUAUAAACGCAUCCGGAUUUCCUCAAGGCGAACGCAAGAUCAGUUUCCCCUACUACAUGGCCUUCAACUCGUUAUUAAACAAUAUGGAGUUAAUCAAACGUGUGUACCUAAACGCGACGAAUGGGCACCGAACCCAGGAGGUCACUAAAGAAGAGUUCCUGCAUUCUGCUCAAAUGAUGUCACAGAUCACUCCGUUAGAAGUUGAUAUACUCUUCACUCUCUGUGAUAUGAUACAUCAUACGAAUGGGCGAAUGGUGUAUAACGACCUCAACUCCAUCACCCCAGAACAAUACUUCAAACAAGUCACACGUCGCGUUGCAGAAAUCAAAGCAGUCUCAAGCCCCGAAGAAAGAAGUGUUUUCAUCCAGAUAUUAGAAAGCACGUAUCGAUUUACGCUCGGUUCAGUGGCUGGUGCCGUUGGUGCAUCUGCAGUAUACCCAAUAGAUUUAGUGAAGACUCGUAUGCAGAACCAGAGAACUGGUUCGUUCAUCGGUGAGGUGGCGUAUAGAAACUCUUGGGAUUGUUUCAAAAAAGUCAUCAGACACGAAGGAGUGUUCGGUCUGUACAGAGGGCUGGUACCACAAUUGAUAGGAGUCGCCCCUGAAAAGGCUAUUAAGCUGACGGUCAACGACUUGGUUCGUGACAAAUUAUCAGACAAGAAAGGCAACAUAUCUUUAUACGCUGAAAUAUUAGCUGGUGCUUGUGCCGGUGGAUCUCAAGUAGUAUUCACGAAUCCAUUAGAAAUUGUGAAGAUCCGUCUGCAAGUUGCGGGUGAGAUCGCUACGGGUACUAAGGUUCGCGCCUGGUCCGUCGUCAAAGACCUCGGACUUUUUGGCCUGUAUAAGGGCGCUAGGGCCUGUCUCCUGCGUGAUGUGCCGUUCAGUGCUAUUUACUUCCCUGCUUAUGCUCAUGUUAAGGCUAAAUUCGCUGACGAGAAUGGAUACAACCACCCUCUAACGCUGCUAGCCGCUGGUGCCAUCGCCGGUAUCCCCGCCGCCUCGCUCGUCACACCCGCUGACGUCAUCAAGACACGCUUGCAGGUUGUAGCCCGAUCGGGACAGACUACCUACAACGGUGUGAUAGACGCGACGAGAAAGAUAUACGCGGAAGAAGGUGCUAGAGCUUUCUGGAAGGGAGCACUAGCGCGUGUGUUCCGUUCGUCGCCACAGUUCGGUGUGACGCUGGUUACUUACGAAAUCCUACAGCGUCUGUUCUACGUAGACUUCGGAGGAACUCGCCCAUCGGGCUCCGAGUUACACGUAGCGACACCUAUCGAGGAAACGAUGAAGAAACCGCAACACAUCGGCGGCUACCAGGUGGCGCUGCCAGUACUGACCGGACUAGAAACCAAGUUUGGCAUCUCUCUCCCACGCUGGUCCUAUCCAAAGCCCGCCGCGCAAUAAUCUAGGUAUCUUGUAGCUUGGAGCUUGUAAAGUACGAAGAUUUCAAUAAUGUAAGAAGCAAAUUGAUGUUUUGUUUCUGAAAGGCGAUAUCGAAAAAGUUGAAGAUAUUAUGUGUGAUUGACAACAAAAUCACAUAUAUUUUAUUUUCUUUUAAAAAAUUACUCAAGAAAUUAUAUUUCUAUUAAAAAAUAAACCACAGUCUAGCUAUUCGCAUAAUUCUAAUAUCCUCACCCUUUACUUAAAUACCAAGACAACACGCUCAAAAACACUUAAAACAAGAUUGUUGCUGGUGAGGAAAGAAGACGGUACUACACGCAGAUCGUUGCGCCGUUUCAUUUCCACAACUAACAGUUUUGUUUUGCAGGCCUUGAUAACACGUCACGACUUUAUGCGAAUAAGCUUGUCAUCUUAUACCUGCUUACUUUAAUAGCUCCAUAGCACGAUAACCUUUAGUGUUUUUUUUUAAUACAAGGCAAUGGUAUUGCCUACACAGACAGUUGAAGUUAAAUGAAACUCCUUAUAUAUUAUUCGUGAACUAUUUGAGAUUAAAAGACAUUAAGUGAAGUUUAAAAGAUUAUAAAUCAUUAGUUUCGAAGGAUAAAUAAGAUAUAAAGGUUCCUAGUUCCUAAAGGAACUUGUGUGAAGAAAUGUGAUGUUAACGGAAAUAGGUUUUUGAUUAUAUUUUUAUUUUCUAAUUUUAUUAAGUAUAAGUGUAUUUGUGCGUAAUUGUAUUCUAGAAAGAGAUUUAUAUCGACAUGCUUGAAUUUAGCUCUCUUUUAGUACCCAUAUUGUAUCUUGUAUAAAAUUAAUAAUUCGGCAAGUAUUUUUACUUAUCAAAAAAUACUCUAAUAUAUUGGAAAAGGCAAUCAAUUCCAAUAUAUUUCUUAAAUACAAAAUAUUAUGCCCGUUCGUGAAAAAUGUACUAAAAUUAUAAAAUAUGCUAGAAUAAUACUUAUAAAACUUGUAAUGUAUAAGGAUUUUCAUGUAACAACCAGGUAGCACUAAAAAGGCACUAUUUUGGAUAAAGACAUCACCUAACGUAACUAUCUCGCAACUUUUAGCAUUUUAAAGACCCGUCAGAACGGAGGUCGAAUUUUUAGAUUUGUUUUUACAUUAUUAUGUUACAAUGAUCAAUUAUUUAUAUAAAAGUAUACGGAAUAAGAUAUAUCUCUAUUUAAUUGCUUAAGGCACACUGUGUUGUAAACUAUUGCUUUGUUCCAAUCAUCAUGCAUUUUUUAAUUUAAACACUGCCACUGUUUUGCAUUACGCCGUCCUUAACUAUAGACAGAGUAACGCAGUAAGAAGUAAUUCUUUUAUAUUUUUGUUUUGCAUUUAGAAAAUAAUAAAAAAAUAACUAUUUUUGUAUUCAUUUUUUUUCGUUUACUACUUAUAAUAAUGUUUCGUGUUUCCUAUGAUCAUUGUAACAUACGAACAUGUAUUUAGUUGUAAGCAAAAUCGAAAUCAAAGCGAACUUUUUAUUGUUGUUUUAUUUUGUUAUCUAAAUUUCGUAAUUUAAAACAGAUAUUGUUUUACACUAUGUAUAAUAUUUGAAUCGGCUUAGACUUGAAUUGUCCAUAUCUCAUAGAGCUUUUAAAUAUCUAAACACUUGCCUUUAAAUAUUUUUGGAAAUAAGUAAGUUAUAUCAAUCUCGUACUACUUCUUCAUUUGUUUAUAUAUUUAAAAGCAGAUUAUAUAAGUGUAAUUAAAAUACAAACACUUUAGAUAGUCUACAUGAGAAUGUAUAACAAAGUUCAAAUAAAAUUGAUUAUCUAUGUUAAACUUUUUGGAUAUUGUGAUCCUAAAAAAUAAUGGAAAUUGUUUUAUUGUAAUCAAUUUUAAUAAAGAGAUUAUUUAGGAUAUAAUGCCGACUUGUUUUGUCAAACUUAGGUAAAUCAGGAUUUGCGUGAACAAGACGGAAAAAUAUUAUUCAUGAGUAUCUUCAAACCAGCUUGGGCACGUCUAAAUAAUAACAUCUAUUUAGCAAUAAAAGCUGUGUAUACGCUAAAAUAUAAGUUUAAAACACUAUUUUGUUACUAAUUAAUUAUUUGGUGGAAUUUUAAAGCAAGAUUUUGCAGCAUAUCCUACAAUGUUUUGAUGCUAUAGUAGUUAUAAUAAGUCAGCCAGUUUAAAGAGAUUUUUGUUUCCUUUAGGUAUAUUUUUAUAAUGAUUAACAAAUUGCUUAGUAGCGAUUCCAGGCAUUUAGCGUCAAGGGUCAGCAAUAUCAAAACCCAUAUAGCUUUUGCCGCACUCACCUCGCCUGGAACAUUUCACGGCAAUUUUAACUGUCGACGACAUUUUAAUGUUUUCAAUAAACGUAAUUUCGAAUGACAGUUCUGAAAUUAAGUUAAUCAUUACAACAGUUUAAGCGUUCUAUGGUUUUAAAACAUGAAACCUAUCUCUAACAUUUUAGUCUUUAUUGGAGAUAAAAUAAUUAAACAACACUGGCAUUUUAUAGAAAAAAAAGAAUCGAUGCAUAAAUUUAUAACUGAUAUUUUUCUUGCUUUAAAAUACUACAAAGUUAAGGGCGGCCCAACUUCUAAUGCACAAUUUUGUUAUCUUUAGCGUAUAGUUAAUGUUGUAUGACAACAUUGUAAAAAGUGAAAAAUAGUGUAACGACAGGUGAUAGAAAGCCGAUGUGAGUAUAUUUAUUGAUAUUGUACAUUUGUGUUAAAAAUAAAUCGAAUAAAACCGA